GAGGCAGCUCAUUUUGCCCUUACUAAACAUGGCGCUGGCCAGUGUGUUGGAGAGCUCGCUACCGGUGAACCGGCAGGGGUAUUUCGGAUUCGGGGGUCGUGCGGAUCUGUUGGACCUGGGUCCAGGUAGUCCCAGUGAUGGGCUCAACCUGGCCGCGCCCAGCUGGGAUGCCCCAGAGGAGCCAAGAAUCGAAAUACUUCAUGGAACCACCACCCUGGCCUUCAAGUUUCGACAUGGAGUCAUUGUUGCAGCAGAUUCUCGGGCCACAGCGGGUGCCUACAUUGCCUCCCAGACAGUAAAGAAGGUGAUAGAGAUCAACCCUUACCUGCUGGGCACCAUGGCUGGGGGUGCAGCAGAUUGCAGCUUUUGGGAGCGGCUGUUGGCCCGGCAAUGUCGAAUCUAUGAGCUUCGAAACAAGGAACGCAUCUCAGUAGCAGCUGCCUCCAAGCUGCUGGCCAACAUGGUGUAUCAGUAUAAAGGCAUGGGGCUGUCCAUGGGUACCAUGAUCUGUGGCUGGGAUAAGAGAGGCCCGGGCCUCUACUACGUGGACAGUGAAGGAAACCGAAUCUCGGGGGCUGCCUUCUCUGUAGGUUCUGGCUCUGUGUAUGCAUAUGGGGUCAUGGAUCGGGGUUACUACUAUGACCUAGAGGUGGAAGAGGCCUAUGAUCUGGCCCGUCGAGCCAUCUACCAAGCUACCUAUAGAGAUGCCUACUCAGGAGGUGCGGUCAACCUCUACCAUGUCCGUGAGGAUGGCUGGAUCCGAGUCUCCAGUGAUAAUGUAGCUGAUCUACAUGACAAGUACAGUGGAUCUACCCCCUGAAGGAGGCGUUUCUUGGGGUGACUUGCUAGUAACAUGGAUACAGCUCCGAAUUCUAUAGUGGAAGGAUCCCCAGUUAUAUUGAUUGUUUUUUUUAAGCUCUGGUGCAUUGACCUCUAUGUGUUACCAGUUGUUAAUGAGCUGCUACAGAGGUGAUGAUUUGUUUUACUUUCUUGAUGUUAACAUUACACUACUCGACCUUA